AUGGCAGAACAGCCGGGACCCAGCCGCCCCCCGGACACGGGACCCCUGGAGCUGCCAGAAAGUGAGCUGUUUUUCCUCAUUGCAAGAUAUCUUUCUAAUGGACCAUGCCAAAAAUCGGCACAGGUGCUGAUACAGGAGAUUAGUGACAACAAGCUUCUACCCAAGAGAGCUGAUUGGCUCGGUAAUGAACACGAGCGAACCUUUGAGGAGAUGAUUACCAUCAAUGACUGUUUAGCGCCAAACCAUCUCCUGAACAUGUGCCAACAUCUAACAUCUGUCCUCGACAAGGAGAUUCCAUCAAACCUUCCAAAAACCAGCUCUUUCCUUGGCGUUGGAAAGCAGUCGGCUCUGCGCACCAAAGAUGUUCACCAGAACAGUCAGUGGAACAGCCAUAAACUGGCCGCUCUUCGUGGAGGAAAAUCCUUCAAGAUGCCUCUUAAUAUGAAAUGUCCGCCAAACGUUGAGGAAGUACAUCGCAGCAAACACUUAAACGGCGCUCUCAACUUCAAUGCCGCCGUUCCUGUGAGCAUGUACAACCGUCUGGCGAUGCAUAAGAAGAUUCUCGGGCACAUCACUGCCGUGUACUGCGUUGCGUUUGACCGCACCGGAAGACGAAUUAUCACCGGUUCCAAUGACUACCUGCUGAAGAUCUGGUCGGCAACAGAUGGACACCUCAGGACUUUAAGGGGACAUUCUGCUGAAAUCUCUGAGAUUGCUGUAAACUACGAGAACACCCUCAUCGCAUCAACCAGCUGCGAAAACAUCAUCAGAGUUUGGUCCCUCAGGACUUGCGCCCCGGUCGCUGUACUUCAGGGUCAUUCGGCUUCUAUAAAUGCACUUAUCUUUAGCCCCUUGGUCAAAGGCUCAGUCAGAUACCUGGUGUCUGCCGGGGGCGAUGCAACAAUUUGCCUUUGGCAGUGGGAUGUCAACAAUUUACAGUUCAAUCCGCAUCCUUUGAAAUUCAUUGAAAGAUCUGGACCAGGAGCCAAAAUCCUUUGCUGCUCCUGCAGCUCUGGGGGUAUGUUCCUGGCUGCUGGCGGAAGCGAUCACGCCAUUAGAGUUUACUAUUUUGGUUCCAAAGCUCCCGAGAAGAUCACAGAGCUCGAAGGCCACUCGGGUGUUGUUGAUACCAUCCAAUUCUCAAACCAAGGAGAGAGGUUUGUAAGUGGCAGCUCUGAUGGAACAGCACUGGUCUGGAAGCGAGACAAACACGGAUGGAACAGCAUUGUUCUGGAUAUGAUAGAAAGCCUCGGUGAAAGAUGCGAAGAGGACAGGUUUAUGAAGCAAAAGGUUUUAACACUCGCUUGGACUUGCUCAGAUAGUAUGAUCAUCGCAGCCACGAGCGCUCAUUUUUUGAAAGUUUGGGAUUCGCUGAACGGAAACCUGCUUCACGUUUUGACCGGUCACCAAAAUGAUGUUUAUGUGCUGGAGCCUCAUCCGAAUGAUGAACGUAUUUUGUUAUCAGCUGGGCAUGACGGAAACGUGUUUUUAUGGGACACUGAAAAGGGCGUGAUGGCAAAACGCUACUUUAACAAGAUUCAAGACGAAGACGAAGGCUUCGGAGCCAUAUUGGAUUGUAAAUUUUCUCCUGACGGACAAUACUUGGCCGGUGCGGACUCGCAUGGACAUGUCCUGUUCUUUGCCUUUGGUUGCAAUUCACCAUACGCAAAGGUUCCAGAUCAAAUGUUUUUUCAUACUGACUAUCGCCCACUAUGUCAAGAUGACAGGAACUUUGUCCUCGAUGAGCAGACCCAGCUGGCUCCCCAUCUUAUGCCACCACCAUUCCUUGUGGAUCUGGAUGGAAAUCCUUACUCACCAUCACUUCAGCGCCUGGUACCUGGCCGGGAAAACUAUGUAGAGGAGCAUUUGGUCCCCUUGAUGGGAUAUGUUGAAACACGCUCUGGGGAGAUAUCGGAACAAGUCGUUGACCAGCUGAUGCACAAUAACCAGCUACAGCAAAGAGGGUCUAGGAGUUCCCCUGUGCCAGAGCGCUUUGUGAUACCACCUUUACCAAGUGCGGAAUACAAGAACGAUAUCUUUUAG